ACGUGUCCAAAGCGGGCAAAAAAAAAAAAAAAAAAAAAACGGUGACCCAGCCCGGAACCUGGGAGAGUCCAGCGGCGAAAGUGCGCAGAAGGCACCGGUUGGAGGGGCUGGCUGGACUCGAACCUGGUAUCUCCGGGAAAUGGCAGCAGCCAGGGCUAGCCUGGGCCGGCUCCUCCCCGAGUCCUCCAUCCUGUUCCUAUGUGAUAUGCAGGAGAAGUUUCGCCCCAGCAUAGCCUACUUCCCACAGAUCGUGUCAGUGGCCGCUCGGAUGCUUAAGGUGGCCCGGCUGUUGGAUGUCCCUGUCUUGCUGACGGAGCAGUACCCACAAGGCCUGGGCCCCACAGUUCCCGAGCUGGGCGCUCAGGGCAUUCGGCCAGUGAGUAAGACAUGCUUCAGCAUGGUACCCACCUUGCAGAAGGAGCUGGAUGGCCGGCCCCAGCUGCGCUCCGUGCUCCUCUGCGGCAUCGAGACCCAAGUCUGCAUCUUGAACACAGCCCUGGACCUCCUGGAGCGGGGCCUGCAGGUCCAUGUGGUGGUGGACGCCUGUUCUUCUCGAAGCCAGGUGGACCGGCUGGUGGCGCUCGCGCGCAUGAGGCAGAGCGGGGCUUUCCUCUCCACCAGCGAAGCGCUCAUCCUGCAGCUUGUGCGGGACGCUGCCCACCCCCGGUUCAAGGAGAUCCAGAAGAUCAUUAAGGAGCCAGUCCCAGACAGCGGGCUGCUUGGCCUCUUCCAAGGUCAGAACCCCCUCUUGCUCAACUCCAGACCCUGACCUGAGAGGGAAUCAUCGUUUUCCCUCAUCUCUGAAGCCCAGGAGUCCACCUGGAGGCCUGCCCUGUAAGAGGGGUAGGGUGGUUAUGCCUCCUGCCUCAACAACUGGACUUGGAAUUGCCGAUGAGACUCCUGAGGGCUGGAAGGGGUGAGGGACCGGGGUUUGACUGAGGAAGGCAGGUGGGCAAGGGACUCUGUGCAGGGCCACCCCGUGAGGUCGCAGACGGGGACCCCAGACUCCGAAUAAACAUUGCGGUGGCUGUGCGGCAA